AAGCCUAAGAAGGAGAAGAACAGAAAGGUGGUCCGAACCGCCGGCGGCCAAGUCUGGGAGGACGUGACGCUGCUCGACUGGCCCGACGACGACUUCCGCAUGUUCUGCGGAGACCUCGGCAAUGACGUCACCGACGAGCUCCUCAUCCGGACCUUCAGCAAGUACACCUCCUUCCAGAGAGCCAAAGUCAUCCGAGACAAGCGCACAAACAAAAGCAAAGGCUUCGGCUUCGUCAGCUUCAAAGACCCCGGAGACUUCAUUAAAGCAAUGAAGGAAAUGGACGGAAGAUACGUCGGCAGCAGACCGAUCAAACUAAGAAAGAGCACGUGGAAAAACAGAGCUUUAGAUGUUGUCAGAAAAAAAGAGAAAGAAAAGCAAGCGCUACUCUCUCUGCUGCUCUCGGGAAAUAAGAGCUGACAGGAGAAUAACGCCUGAACGGCUGUGAUGUGAGUGGUAGAUGUAAUUGUUUCACUUGGACCUGGACUUGAUAGUUGUACAUUUAGCUAAACUUUUAUGAGGGAAAAUGUAACUAGUUCUUCCCAUCUUCCCAUGAAGUUACAACCGGGGAAAGAUGACACGAAAAUCAGCUUGUUUGGGGAAGAUGGAAUCCCUUGAAUGUAGUGUGACUAGGAAAUGUAGAUUGUUGAUAUUUAUGAUCUAAUUUUCAGUUGCUGCUGAUUGUAAUUUUCUGUUUGAGUAAUAAUAUCUAUCCCUAAGCUUUCAUAGUUCUGUGAGUGUUCAAUCCUAUACAUACUUAUAUUAUUUAACCUGAUAGUUUUAGAUUCAUUAUGGCAAUAGAUAAACAUGAACUUCACUCUUACAAAUAUAAAAUUUAGUGCAUAAUUUAUUACACAAUUAAUUUGUUGUAUUU